UGAGAAUGGGAUGACACAGUUCUGUUAAAUUACAAAAUUAAUUGGCGGCUGAGAGUGGAUAAUUCUUAAUUUAUUUUAAUUAGUUGUCAUGAUCUUGAAUAUAUUGCAUGAAGUGGAAGAGAUGUGAAAACAGAUGCAAUGACAUCUUCAGAAAAGUGAUCAAGAAACAAGUUUGAAUGUUCUGGUGAAAUGUCAUUGAAUCAUUGACCUGAAGCUUUAAAGAUGUUUCUCUUCACUGAUGCAGCCAGAGUACUUCCAGCAUUAUUUUGUUUUACCUUCAGAAUGAAUUGGAUAUGUAGUUGAAAUAUAGGAUGUCCCCGGCUAUGAGAAGGAACUGGGUAGCAUUCUCUUUGGAAACGCUAACACAAGCACUAAAGGGCAAAUGGCCGCCUGUUAUUUCAUUUCCUAAUACAGCCCAAACCCAAUGUUCAGCAAGAUUUGUACCGAGGCCGUGAGACAGAACUCAGUUGAGGGUUGGGUGUUGGUACCUUGGCCUUUCAAUGCUGAGUCCGAGGGCACGAUGAGGAAGAGUGGUCCUGACUCACUGUGGACUGGGUGUCAGAGCUCUGGUCUCCCACGGGGCUGGGUCACUGCCGGGAUCCCUGGGGCUCAAAGAAAACCUGCUGCACUGGUCGUGGGAAGUUUGGAGGUGCGCCUCCCUCUGGCGGUCCCGCCCGGGGAAGUUUCACAUCGGCACCUGUGUGAGCUCAGACUCGUGUGACAGCUCCUCCCCGGUGUGGCACCAGCUCUCACCGCACCCGGACGCUACCCCAAGUCAUCCGCAGUUCUUCGGUUACCUUUUCCUCCCCUCGACGCCACGGAGAGCAGAUGGUGGAGGUGUCUGCGAUGCAGGCGGGGAGGAAGUGACUGCUUAAUCCAGGGGAUUAGAGGCCAGAGCAGUCUCUCUCUCCCUCCCGGCGGCUUUCUGCUCCAAAGCAAGAGACUGUGUGACAAACAGGUCUCGGGGACUUGGUGCAGAGGGAGAUCCUUGCAGAGCCGCUGCUCCUGUGCUGGGAUGCAGGAUCACUUGCAAGGUCAUUACGGAUCUUAAACUAGACAGAUCUGGUACAGCAUGUUUGUUGGAACUGUGGGUUAGCAGAAAAGGGCGACAUAUGUUCUGCUGGCAUUUUUCCGGCAUGGUUUAAAACUGAUCUGCUGAAGAACAUGGCUUCAGCUGCCAUGAACAAGGAGAUUCGACAGGCCCCGAGUCUCUCAGGAGUGGACUCGGAAACCUGCACCAUUGUGUUUAAAAACCAUUGGGCUCAGGUGAUAAAGAUUCUAGAAAGGCACGACCCACUGAAGAACUCUAGCGCAAGACAUGGGGUUAUUCCUCCCGAUGAAGCAAGUGCAGUCCAGAAUUACGUUGAGCACAUGAUCUUUCUGCUAAUUGAGGAGCGGGCUGAAGAUGCUGCCAUGGGUCCCAUCCUGGAGUUUGUAGUGUCAGAAAAUGUCAUGGAAAAACUUUUCUUGUGGAGCCUUCGAAGGGAGUUCACAGAUGAAAUGAAAAUUGAGCAAAUAAAGAUGUACGAGAUGUUGGUCACCCAAUGUCAUCAGCCGUUAUUGCACCACAAGCCAAUCCUGAAGCCUUUAAUGAUGAUGUUAAGCGCAUGCUCUGGGACCACCACUUCAUUUGUGGAGACUGAACUGGUUUUACUGCUUAACCAGCUCUGUUCCAUCCUGGCCAAGGACCCUUCCAUCCUGGAACUCUUUUUCCAUACUAGUGAAGAUCAGGGAGCAACUAACUUCCUCAUUUUCUCUCUGCUGAUUCCUUUCAUUCACCGAGAAGGAGGAGUGGGACAACAAGCUCGAGAUGCAUUGCUGUUUAUCAUGUCUAUUUCAGCAGAACAUGACGUGGCAAAGCACAUUGUGGAUAAUACAUAUUUUUGUCCGGUGUUAGCCACGGGAUUGAGUGGCCUCUACUCCUCAUUGCCCACUAAAUUGGAGGUGAGAUCUGAUGAGUGGCACUAUCUGCAGCGAGAGGACUGGAUGCAUAUUCCAGCACUGGUACAGUUUAUGAACUCCCUGGAGUUCUGUAAUGCAGUAAUACAGGUGGCUCAUCCCUUGAUACGCAAUCAACUUGUGAACUAUAUCUACAAUGGAUUCCUUGUGCCUGUCAUGGCUCCUGCUCUUCAUAAAACAACUGUAGAAGAGGUUAUGACUACAACAGCAUACUUGGAUCUGUUCCUCCGGAGUAUCUCGGAACCCGCAAUGUUGCAGACCUUCCUGAGCUUCAUUCUGUUGCAUGAGCAUGAGAAUGUGUCAAUUUUAGACACACUCGUCAGUCGAAUUAACACCCCUUUUCGGUUGUGUGUCGUUUCUUUGGCUCUGUUCAGAACCCUCAUCAGUCUGAACUGCGAGGAUGUCAUGCUGCAGCUCGUCUUGAGGUAUCUAAUACCAUGUAAUCACAUGAUGUUGAGCCAGCGUCAGGCAGUGAGGGAGAGAGACUGCUACUCCGUGUCUGCUGCCAAACUGCUUGCCUUGAUGCCAGCCUGCUGUAACUCUGGCAUCACCCUCAUCCAAGGACAACCAGAGGGUGAAAACAUCCUGGAAUCAACGGUCUCUGAUCCAUCUCACACAAUCACGGCAGGCUCUGAAGGAAUGGUAGCAUGCGCAGAAAUCCCAGGGGAUUGGGACAGACUCCGAAAACCACUGGAUAUCAGUUACUUGCAGUACCUGUGGGAGGCUCGGGUUAACAUUACUGCCUGCAUGAGAAAAUGUAAAGUGUGGUCUGCACCUUAUGAUGGUGAAAAUCCGGAUCCUGAACUUUUUUCUCCUGUAUUGUCAGAGGGCACCAGCAAACUCAGUAGCAAAACACCAGCUAAGAGCCAGCACAAUUCUGUCGUCAGGAGGACCAGGUCAAAGACCAGUUCCAUCAGGGAGAAGAUGCAGCUGGAGUUAGAAUGGGAUGACAGCUACGAUACUGGAAUGUCUCCUGGGUCUGAUGAAGGUUCUCUACAGCCUUAUUUACCUAUUAAGCAAGGAACUGUGAACGAUGCACAACCAGCUGAUCCUCCCAAACACAUUCAGGAGAUGAAGAAAAGUGCAUUAAUGCUUAUUAGAGGGUCCUACGUUGAGGAAUCAGAUUUCCAUGAUGAUGUCAUGGUUUAUAGACUCUGUGCCGAAAAGGAUGCUCAGGAUAAUGUUGAAAGUAAUGCUAAAAAGGUAAAAGCACCAGCUUCUGAGAGGAGCACAGAUCAGAAGGCACAGUUGAGCAACGGGCCGGUGAAUCGGACAAUGCAGAGCACAUCAAGGAGCACGGUUUCUGAGAAACAAAACACUGGGAGUACCCGCACUGAGCAGGGCACAGAAAUGGAGCAUUCUGGACAGGGACCUGCCCAAGGAGAUCAGAACAAGGAAGAUGGAUUGAGCACCGAGUCCAAAGGCUCCAACCAGCACACGCUGAGCAUGGAGACUGAAGACUUCCUUUCUCAGUAUCAUGAUCUUCUUGCAGAACUAAACUAUAAUCCGAAUGAAUUGGUUGCAUUGAACCAAAACUCUUCUGAACCCAGCACUCCUACAGAGGAUGAAGAUGAUUUUGAGAAGUUCACUGUGGCCCCACAUUCUGACAAUCUAACUUUUCCAUUUGGUCCGAAAGUUCACUUAAUGUAUUCCAAUAAUCCAGCAAGGAUACAUGGAGCUCCAUUCACAGGACCAUUCAUUAGCGUUUUAUUGUCUAAGCUGGAGAAUAUGAUGGAAAAUGAAUUACAUGUCAACUUGCUGCUUACUGGGAUUGUUACACAACUGGCUUGCUAUCCACAACCCCUGCUCCGUUCCUUCUUGCUCAACACUAACAUGGUCUUUCAGCCCAGUGUACGCUCACUUUAUCAGGUGCUGGCAUCUGUCAAAAAUACUAUUGAGAAGUUUGCUUCUACAAGGGAAAACUUCACAUCAUUUUUAACCCAGUCUCGCGAAAAUCUGCUUGCUCGGGUUGAAAUCCCUCCAUCACGCAAAGGAGAAUUAACAGACAAAGAAAGUGGAUACAAGACACCAAGUAGUGCCCAAAAUGCACAACACCUUUCGAAUAGUUUCAGCAAGACAGCGAUGCCUUCUAGUGUGAAAAAUUCCAUCAAUGCAGCUGUUAUCUUCACUGAAUUUCUUAAGGAACUUGCAGCAAUUGCACAAGAACAUUCCAUCUUAUCUCAUUCUUCUCUUGUGGACUGUGAAGAAUAAGAGUUAACUACUUUGAAGAAGUGUUUAAUACAAAUGAUGCAUUCUCCUUUUAACUUUUUUUUCCAAAACAAAAUGUAUUUCUACCAAGCCUUAAUACAAAAUGAGACCGGAUAGAGGAGUGGGGGAGAGUGGACUAUUUUAUCUCAACAAAAUGAGAAAGAAUCUUAGAGGCCGAGCUCAGCGUACUCACCUAAAAGUUCUGUUUUUAAAUGUAGUCACCUUAUUUUUGGAAUAGGCACAAAUAAUUGUCUCUCUAUGCAAGCUGUACAUGAAUUGUUCUGGGGACAAAAAUAUUUUAAUUAUUUAAAAAGGUUAUUGCAUUUUUGAGUAUAUUUAAAUAACACAAAUACACAAUCUUCUGGCUGUUUGUGGAAUUGAGAUGUGCAUAUCUGAUUCAAUUCUUCUACUGUUGACAUUCUGCAACAUUACACUGCAAAAAAAACACCAAAGACCAAAUGAGAAAGUAACAAGAUUGUCUGCCUUGAAGAUACUGGGGGUGGGGGGAGAGAGAGGAAAUCAGUCUUUCCACUUGAAUGAUAGUUUGUCUCUCCUCUUUUUUAGAUCACAUUUGGAGUUUAUUGACUCCAAUAUGACAAUUUAUUUUUUAAGCAAAUAAGAAAAAAGUUGAGCACGACUAUUAGAAGCAAAAAAGCAACAACCACAAACAAAGGCAUGAAGUUUGUGGAUAUCCUGAUAUUGUUUCUAUAUAUUAAAAAAAUUGUUGCAUGCGAUGUUGGCGGCAGAAUUCAUGAGAGGCAACAGAGUUUAUUGUUGAUGUUGAAGUUACCUUGACAUUAUUUCCUUUUGUAACAUCGGUAGGUAUAAGGAACAAAUUUCUAAAAUUUAAUAGAAUUAUAAAAAAUAUUUAAAUACAAGUCUUAAGUGGAAUAUUUCUGGCUUCAUAAAAUGAAAAUAUUUUUAUUGCAUCUAGAUGCUUCUCCAGAAUUGAGGGUUAUUGGUAUUUAUAAAUAAGCAGAGAAGUUUCUUCUGAAGAGCAAGAUAACUUAUUAAAAUAUUCUCUGUGGAUUCAGUAAAAAUAAUUGUCUGUGUGUCUAUGUACA